AUGUCUCUUUCUAUGCCCAGUGCGCCUAAUGGCGGUCUUUUCAAGCAAGGAUACCAAAACUACGAAUCUGAAGACGGUGCUGUGAUACGAAACAUAGAAGCAUGUCGAGCCAUAGCCCAAACCGUCCAAACAUCUCUCGGUCCUUAUGGCCGCAACAAAAUCGUCAUCAACCAUCUGCAAAAAAUGAUUCUGACCUCCGAUGCCGCCUCCAUAUUACGAGAGCUCGAUGUCGUCCACCCUGCAGCGAAGCUCAUAGUAAUGGCUAGUCAACAGCAAGAAGCGGAGAUGGGUGAUGCUACGAAUCUGGUCAUUGUGCUCUGUGGAGAGAUGCUGAAGAAGGCGGAGGAGCUGCUGAGGAUGGGUUUGAAGACUAGCGAUGUGGUGCAAGGGUUCGAGAGGGCACAGAAGGAGGCGCUGAGGUGUCUGGAUCAGCUUGUCGUCGACUCGGUAAAAGACCUCCGCUCCCACCCCGAACUUGCAAAAGCCAUCCGUACCGUAAUCGCCUCCAAACAGUCCGGCUCCGAAGAAUUUCUCGCCGACAUGGUCGCAGAGGCAGUUCUCGCCGUUCUACCCAAGCAGCCUGUCAACUUCAACGUCGACAACAUCCGCGUCGUGAAGAUCAUGGGCGGUAGCCUCGAACAAUCCAAAGUGGUAAAAGGCAUGGUCUUCGGCCGCGAGCCCGAUGGAAGCAUCAAAAAGGCCAAGAAUGCUAAAGUGGGCGUCUUCUCGUGUCCGAUUGAUACAAGCCAGACGGAAACGAAAGGAACGGUGCUGUUGCACAAUGCGAAGGAGAUGAUGGAUUUCACCAAAGGGGAGGAAAGCCAACUGGAGACCAUCAUCAAAGAACUGCACGACUCGGGCCUGCGCGUAGUCGUAGCAGGCUCAACCGUGGGAGAAUUAGCACUCCACUAUCUCAAUCGCUUUGGCAUUUUAGUCGUUAAAGUCCUUUCGAAAUUCGAACUCCGCCGUCUCUGUCGCGUCGUGGGCGCUACACCUCUUGCUCGUCUGGGCGCCCCUAUGCCGGAUGAGAUGGGGAAAGUGGACGUAGUCGAAACGCUGGAGAUAGGCGGAGACCGUGUUACAGUAUUCAGGCAGGAAAACGACGCUACUCGAACAGCUACGCUGGUCAUAAGAGGGGCUACCCAGAACCACCUCGACGACAUUGAGAGAGCGAUUGACGACGGCGUUAACGUGGUGAAAGCUAUCACGAGAGAUCCGAAACUAGUGCCUGGAGCUGGGGCUACGGAGAUGCAACUGAUUGAGCGUAUAUCUGCCUUUGGUGAAAGGACGCCUGAACUGUCACAGUAUGCUAUCAAGAAGUACGCGGAAGCUUUCGAGGUCAUACCACGUACGCUUGCCGAAUCCGCGGGUCUGGACGCCACGGAAGUGUUGGCAACGCUAUAUGCUGCCCACCACAAAGCUUCCUCCAACAAAAAGGACCAGGAUGACGACGACGAAGACGAAGACGAAGACGACGAGCCUGAUUGGACGAUGGGUGUGGACGUGGAGAACGAGGAUGGUUCAGGAACGUUAGAUGCUAAAGAAGAGGGGAUCCUGGAUCUGCUGGUGUCAAAGCAGUGGGCGAUCAGGCUGGCAACGGAAGCGGCAAGGACGGUCUUGAGUGUGGAUCAAAUCAUCGUGGCGAGGCAGGCUGGAGGGCCGAAGCCGCCGGGCGGGCAGAAUCCGGAUUGGGAUGAGGAUUAG